UACAAAGGUUGAAGCAAAACAAAGUGCUGUUUCACCAUGUUAUUUCUUGUCAGUGCAUUGAAAAACCCACACAUGUGUACAUAUGCUGCCUUUAAGAAGCAACAGAAAGGCUCUAAACAUGAAACAUUCUUGGCUUGUGAUAUGGGUUGGAACACUGUUUUUGAAUCCAGUGACUGCUGACUGCAACAUUACUUCCCAAACUCAGGUCAUUUGUGACGAGUCUGGAAAGAACCUCUCUAAUAUCCCCACCAACCUUUCUCAAAACGUUACUAAAUUAAGCCUCAAAAACAAUAAAAUCACUUUAAAAGAUAGUGACAAAGAGAUUCUUGGACGUUUUAUUAACCUCACUGAACUUCAUCUGAAUAAAAACAGGAUUACUGAACUGCACAAGAACAGCUUCUGCAAUCUGAAAAAACUCAUAAAUCUGGAUAUCAGCAACAAUCAUAUUAGCACAGUUCAUAAAGCAGCAUUUGCAGGAUUAAAUCAACUCUCUGUGUUGAAUCUAUCCUAUAACAUGAUUGCUCAAUUAGAUUCAGAUGCAUUUACUUCUCUAGAAAGCCUGACGGUUUUAAAUCUACAGUGUAACUUACUGAACUACCUUCAUAUAAAAUCAUCUUUUAAAUUGAUUAAAAUUGUUUUAGCUGGAAACCCAUGGAUCUGCUCCUGUGACCUCCUUGACUUACAGAUAUGGCUAACUGCCUCCAAUGUUACAUUGGAAAAUGAAAGCAACACUACAUGUACGCUACCAACCAAGAAAGAAAUCUCCAUCAAGACGGCUAUCCAACCAGCUGACUGUAAAACUGAAAAAACUUCUUCAGAAAACACUGUAACUUCCACUCCUGUCAUUAACCUCAGAAGUAGUGCCUUAAUAACAGCUCUGACUCCAAACAUCACUGGAAACAAUGGAACACAUGCAGAGUUACCACUUCUUGGCAAAAGUUGGACCUUCCUGGCGGGUGUCCUAGGGUUUGUCCUAGGCACUACACUCCUGAUUUUUACUGCUGUAAAAUGCCCAACAUGGUAUCAUUAUGUGAUCAGCUACCGACACCGUCGUCUGGAAGAAAAUGACCCAGAGAGGUUUGAACAGGAGUUCUCAGCUGACACGAGCCCUUCUCCUUCAGUACUGGGUACAAACAGUGAAGAACCCAUUGUAAUCUUUGAGAAAAUUCAUGCAUUUGGGGAUGGAGAAGAUGGAUUUAUUGAGGAUAAAUACAUUGAUUCUUAUGUAAAUGAGGAGAGUUAAUGUCUUAAACAACGAAUAAUGCACUGACUUUUCAAAAAUGUAGAACACUUGUACUUCCAUUUUACACUACUCAUGUACAAUACAAAAUGAAGUUAUGCAGUCUAUCUCCUUUCAUCUCGACAAAUCCAUAAUAAGGUUUUGCUGCAUCAAUCAUGAAGUUCAAAAAUGUGGUGGUAUGCAUGCAUUACUGGCACAACAAAUACUUCAAAACAUGCAAAAAUACUUAUAAUGCACGCUUUAUGAAAAUCUAUUUGGCUACUUAUGUCAGGGCAUGGGGAGUGCUUACUGUAUAUUGCUAAACAUGAACAAGUACUACUUGCUACUUUAAAAAAUAGCAAGUGAAGCUGGCACAAUCACUAACGCUUUAAUUGCGAAGAGGUCUAGAAAACAAAAAUAAUUUCUCCAACAUUCUGAAGCACACCACAGUCAGACUGGGGAUUGAAUUCAAAUCAGUGUUGUCACAGCUCAGUAGUCUAUUAGCCAAAACCAACAUAAUCGUACAACACAGCAUUUGGGUAUUGUUCUACCUAAAUUAGCAGAGUAAGAAAGACCAAUUGCUGUAUUCCCUUAAAUGUGUAUGUACAGUACAAUGACAAAUUAUCAUUCCAGUGUACCUAAUGCCUUUAUACCUUAGUUUGCUACUGAACCAAGUACUUUCUCUUCAGAUUUCCUUAACACUUUAAAAAUGCAUUCAUCGGUAGAAUAGACCCAUUUGCGAGCUGUUGAAAGCAACAGUAUUAUUGAAAUGUGACUUGUUAUAAACUGGUAAGCUGUUUUCUCAAAGUGCUUAUUGAUAUAUAAAAUCUCAUUCUUGAGAUUGCUUUCAGUGGUAACAAGCACAAUCAUGUACCAAGCACAUCUCCUGUCCCUAAAUCAAACAUCUCAAAAAGUCACUGUCUCAGCCUAUCGCUACACAAGCCAUUCUCCUGGCUUACAAAUUCCUAUUGGAAAAAUCUUGCUGUCCUCAUCUUUCCCUCUACACAACCCUACCUUACCAGGUAGGUAAAGAUUUAGUUCCCACUUCUGCUUGUUUUCCUCACUCUGUUACUCCACAACUCCCAAAACUGAGGACUUUGACAGCAGAUUGCCAAGACAGCAGUCUCCACCACCACCUAACUUCUUGGACAUCUUGGUAAGUAUCUCCAGGGCAGUUACUGCAGUUUAAACCUAGGAACUCUAGCUGCAAUCUGGUACUAAUGCAUUACCUUGAAACCGUUCAGGUAUCAUGUGUGAUAUGCAUCCCACUGUUGAGGUAGGAAGUAACACCUCCAUUUUCUGGAGUUCAGUUAUAGUCUUAACAGCUUUGGAGAAGCACAUACUUAAUGUACUUACGCUUGUCUUUCUGUGAAGAUUUUAUCCAUACUCUGAGCGUCUUGGUCAUUCUGAACCUUUAACUUAAAAGAUAUAAUAUUGAAAUACAAUCAAGUUUAUAAUAAAUCAUAGAAUCAUUUAGGUUGGAAAAGACCUCCAAGAUCAAGUCCAACCCUUAACCCAGCACUGCCACGUUCACCAUUAAACAAUGUCCCUAAGUAUCAUAUCUAUGCAUCUUUUAAACACCCCCAGAGAAAUUGAUUCACUUACUGUUACUGUGGGAUCUGUUCCUGGAACACUUAGUAAAAUACUGUUUCAGCCUCCAAACAAAAUGAAAAUUUAACACUCGCAAAGCAUUUUUCUUUUCUUGACACAGACACUGGGUCUUUAUUUUUUUAAUCAGAGAACAAAGUUGUUUUGACCAAGAAAUAUUCAGAUCAUUUUUCAAGUGAGCAAAACAGCCUUUUCUGAAACUAGAUUCUUUUGUUUAAGGACAAAGUGAUCAGAAGAAACGAAACAUGCUUAAUGCCACUCAUGCCUUAACACUUAGAGGAACACUAUACCUGUGCUAGAAAAUAAAGAAAGAAAGUAAAGGAAGAAAAAAACUCAUUGAUUUUUGUGGCUGGCCAUGUCAGAGACCUAUUUAAUACUUAUUAUGCAAGAGACAUUCAAAAGGCUGAAGACAAAAGAGAAUUAAAUGUUCAGAAGACCAGCCAGUUUUAAAAGGCAGUGCAGUCUACCUGAAUUUGUCUUCCCUAUGACUAGUCCUCCCAGGAAAAGAAAGAAGAUGUUUUAACAAUCAUAAUUUGGGUCGGUUUCGUACACCACAGGAAACUACUAUGGGGCUGUUAAUGCAAUACUUCAAAUAAUUACCUAAGUACAAACAUGUUGCUAAUACUAUGAAUAAUUUAACCGAGAAAAAUAGAUAAGUUUUAAAUUAGUGCUAUGCUUUUUUAGAUAUGUCAUGCAUGCAAAGCACCAAGAAUGUAACACACACCAUUUCGCUGUUAAAACAUAGCAAAUACCAUAAUUCUUACCAUAUUGUAAUCGCGACUCACUUCUGCCAUAUCUGUACUGGUGUUAAGUAUAUCCAUAACCUGAAAUGAGACAGAAUUCCAGCCUAUUAUUGCUCUCCUGUUUUUUUUUUUAAUUAAAAAAAAAAA